AUGUCGACCAAGGGCGCGCUAAAAGCUGUACGAGCUGCUAUCGAUGCAAAGCAAUGGGAUGUCGCCGCUGAGAAGGCUCGCGAUUUGCUGAAAGACGAUGCGAAGAAUUAUAAUGCAAACCUGUUCCUUGGCCUCGCAAGCGAUAAAUUGCGCAGAGUAGAUGAGUCAGAAGCAGCUUACUUAGCUGCAACUCGCAUCAAGCCCGAAGACCGCGCUGCUUGGCAAGGCUUGAUCGCCUUGUACGAAAAACAGGGCAGUCAAAAACUUGAUGCCUACCAUGACGCGGCCUUGAAAUUCUGUCAGACACUUAUCGAUCGUGAUGAACAAGAACGUUGCCAAGAUGUGGUCAACAACUUCUCCAAGCUCGCCCGCAAGUCUGGGACCAUAGCCCACCAGAAGAAAGCUCUGGAAAUGCAACUUCCAACCUCCCCGCUGUACGGCUUCCUCGAGGGACGCCUUCCCCAUCCAUCCCUGACCUACCUGCGCUUGAUCGAGAUCGCGGAACCGGAAGAAAAGGAAUACAUCAACCGUGAAAUCGGAGAGCGCAGAACCCGACUAGGAGCGCGUAUUGAUCAAGUUACAACGGAAGUCAAAAGAGAAGCAUUCAAGAGAAGUUCGCUGAAUGAUCUCUAUGCCGGCCUAAUUCACUGGACGAACGAUGAUGCAGUUCGACGCCAGUACGAAGAGAAGCUCCUCCAACGAGGUUACGAUGAGCUCGAGGUUGUUCCUAUGAAAUCAAAGAAGGCGAAAAGAAACGAGGUCUUCAAAGCAGCAGAGGGCAUGGUCAUCAUCAAGCAUCCUUUCGAACUUGCGUGGAAAAUUGUGCUGGAAUGGAAGGAUAUUGACAACUAUUCGGAAUGGGAUGUGGGCAUUGUGCGAGAAUUCAUUGAAUUUUUCCCUGACACCGGGCUUGCCAAGGUUUUGAAAGGCUUUCUAGCCAGUGAACUCUCACCAUUUCCCCAGGAAAAGACGACAGAGCAAGAUGAAGAGGCCCAGGACCCCGAAACUCCGGAAGGAAGUGACAUCCCCGCCGAUAGGUUGAUCCUCAUGGUUGAAGGCCUUGAUUUGGCUCGUUCUUCUGUUAUUGCACACCGAAUCAUGGCCGAUCUCUACCUGUCCAUGGGGGAGCAUCAGAGUGUCGUCGAGGUAGCUCGCAGGGGCCUACUUAAUGUCAAGGAACUUGGUGCACUCACCGCCAUGAAUAUGACCAAGACAAUAGAUUCCUUGAACAUCACACUCGCCAAUUCUUUGAUCCACUAUCAAUCUCCUCGACACCAUCCAGAGGCUAAAACAAUCUUCGAAGGGGUCCUUUCGAGAAACCCAACUUCCACAAGCUGCUUCUUGGGUAUCGGACUGAUUUCGAAAGUUGACGAGGAUUACCUAGAAGCCGUGGACUUUUUGCAGCGCGCCUUGGAGCGUGACCCAACAAACGUAUUGAUUCGCGGUGAACUUUCCUGGUGCAGGGCUCUGACUGGUGAUCUCGAGACGGGUCUCAAUGGCCUCCAGGACGCACUCGAACGCCUCCAAGGGGAGAGGUCCCCAAAUCUUGACUUUAAAGGCGAGCUCCUCUAUCGCAUCGGGUACUGCCAAUGGGAGCUAGAUCCCUCUCCGGCUGCCAGGAAAGACCGCAACGGGGCCUACGCUAGCUUCCUUGCAUCCAUCAAAGCAAAUAUGAAUUUCGCCCCGGCAUACACAAGCCUAGGCCUCUUUUACGCGGACUAUAAGCGUGACAAGACUCGAGCUCGUCGGUGUUUCCACAAAGCAUUUGAACUGUCUUCCUCGGAAAUCGAGGCAGGAGAACGGCUUGCCCGAGGAUUUGCUGAUCAAAAGGAAUGGGACCUUGUUGAGGCUAUUGCUCAACGAGUAGUAGACUCGGGCCAUGCCAAACCGGCUCCUGGCUCAAAGCGCAAGGGCCACAGUUGGCCAUAUGCUGCACUUGGUACAGUGCAGAUCAACAAGCAACAAUACGCGAAGAGCAUCGUCUCAUUCCAAGCCGCUUUGCGCAUUGCACCUGGUGAUUACCAUUCCUGGGUGGGUCUAGCGGAGAGUUACCACCACUCUGGUCGAUAUGUCGCUGCGACCAAGGCUUUCGAACAUGCGAAGGCAUUGGAAGACACCCUGUCAAGUGAAGAGCGUGAGCAUAUCUGGUUCGCAAGAUACAUGUUAGCCAAUGUGAAACGUGAACUUGGCGAAUACGACGAUGCAAUUGCUAGCUAUGAGAAUGUUCUUAGCACCAGGCCUCAUGAUAUUGGUAACACAAUUGCUUUACUACAGACAUUGGCGGAAAGCUCGUGGAAAAGUCUGAACACCGGUUUAUUCAACAACUCCGCGGAGCUUGCAGCCAAAACCAUUCAGGUGGCUCACUCGCUCGCAGAGGUCCGCAGUGAUAUCUUCAACCUGUGGAAAGCAGUGGGCGACGCCUGUGCUAAUUUCACACACAUCAAAAAGAAGACAGAGAAAAUGUCCGUCUCUACUUGCAAAGCUUUGUUGACGACCCAGCUUGAUUCAGCGGCACUUGAUAUCAUGACUGAGGUUGAUGGCGUGGGUCAAGCCUGGCUCGAGUCUUGUGACACUGCUGCUUCAUCAGAUACUUGCAUCUACAUGGCUAUUCUUGCAUACAAACGCGCAAUUCAUGUUUCGGCCAAUGAUCAACAUGCUCAGGCCGUGGGAUGGUACAACCUUGGUUGGGCUGAAUUCCGCGCAUACCGAAGUGUGCAGCCAGAAGCUGGAAGCAGUGGUAAGAGGCCUCGCAAGUUCCUCAAGGCUGCAAUGCGGUGUUUUAAAAGGGCCAUUGAGCUGGAAGCCGGAAAUUCAGAGUUCUGGAACUCACUUGGAGUGGUUACUACAAGCUUGAGUCCCAAGGUUGCCCAGCAUGCGUUCAUCCGUAGCUUGCAUUUGAACGACCGAAGCGCGCAGGUGUGGACUAAUUUGGGUGCGCUCUAUCUUUUACACAACGACGUACAACUCGCAAAUGAGGCUUUCACUCGUGCUCAGUCUACUGACCCAGACUACUCCCAAGCAUGGGUUGGCCAGGGAUUCCUUGCACUUCUCUACGGGGAUAAAAAGGAGGCGCGCGGUCUCUUUGCACAUGCAUUCGACAUCUCUCACUCAUCUGACAUGCUUCCCAAGCGCCAAUACUCCUUGACUCUGUUCGACCAUCUUCUUUCCGACUCUUCUGCCUCCAACGAAGUUUCUCAAUUGAUACAGCCGUUCUUUGCUCUCCAUCAGCUAUGUAUCCAGGAUCCUUUGAAUCUACCGUUCAUGCACAUAUCUGCUCUGCUAGCCGAGAGAAUGGGCGAAGCAGCUGAUGCUGAGUCUAGCCUAGAAGUUGUGUGCGCUGGUAUGGAAGCUGAGUACGAUGAAUCUGAGUCUGUGUCUUCGCUCUCAAAGUUUGCCCAGGCCAAUGCGGAUUUCGCGCGUGUCCUCCUUGCACGCCAUGAGUAUGAGCAAGCGAUAGAGAAGGCAGAGACUGCGCUUUCUCUCUCAGGCGAGGAAGAUGCCAGUCAGUUCGACCCUGAAAUUUGCACCAAGCUUCGCCUGUCGGCCCACUUGACAGCUGGUUUGGCAUACUACUUCAUAAAGUCAAUGGACAGUGCCAUUGAUAUGUUCCGUGAUGCUUUGCAGGAAGCUGACAAUGCUCCUGAUGUGGUUUGUCUUCUUGCUCAAGUUCUAUGGGCCAAGGGUGGGCAGGAAGAAAGAUCGGUUGCUCGCCAGCAGCUGUUCGACUGUAUUGAGAACCACCCGGACCAUAUCGGCGCCAUCACCCUCCUCGGAGCCAUUGCCCUGAUGGAUGAGGACAAGGACGUGAUUGAAGCAGUUGAGUCUGACCUCCAUAGCAUGGUCACCCGCGAUGACAUCGACAUUCAAGACCGAGCUAAGCUUCUGAAGCUUCUGGCUGCGGUUUCUGCCAAGGGAUUGAACGAGGAUGCUGUCCUUCCCGAAGACUUGCGACAGAUCAAAGAAGCUACCGGUGCCAUUAUGUUGUCCCCUGGCCAGCCACAAGGCUGGUUGGAGCUUUCGGCGGCAUCAACAUCGUCGUACCCCGCCGAAAUGGCCAUCAACCGGGCUUUACGUUGCGUGCCUCCUCAUGGUAACCUUGAAGCUUCCGAUCUCAGCCAAGCGUACGCCCAGACUGGCAAGGCCGGGGAUGCUUUUAGAUCAAUCAUGAUCGCACCGUGGAGACGUGAAGGUUGGGAAGAGUUGGACUAUGCCUUGACUAGCUCAGCCUGA